AUGGCCACGUCACUGUCUUCCGCGCUGGAGGCCAUGGAAAGGUCGAGAAUUCUUAUGGUUAUCUUCACGCCGGAAUUCCUCAGUGCCUCCGACAAGCUACUUAUUGAGAGGCUCCAGAAAGUAAUGGAGUAUCACAAAUCUAUGAACAGACCGGUGGUUCCUGUAUUCGGGGGAGCGAAACAAAAGCAAGUGGUUGAGCAUUUGGCGACGCGAUAUAAGGAUUUGGACUGGAUUGGAAUCGCCGUCGAAGCUGCUUCGCAAUCCGGCGUCAAGCUGUCCAUUGAUCUCAGUGGGGUUACUUCGUCGUGUGAAAGAUGCACUUCGUCUGUUGAUGGGACUAAUUCCAUGAUCGGAAUAUGGGGGGCUGCAGGUAUUGGUAAAUCUACUUUCGCUAGAGCUAUUUAUGACAAUGGAUGGCAGAUGAAGAAGGCACUCUACUACAGGAGUGCAGUGGUAGUAUUUGAUGAUGUGAAUCAUAUAGACCAACUCAUAGCACUAUGUGGAAGUAGUGAUCCGUGCUUUGGCGAACGGAGUUUGGUACUCGUUACAUUAAUGAAUAAGGAUCUUCUUCUUGGUCUCAGACUGUACCUUUACGAAAUGAAGACGCUAGAUGAGAGUGACUCUCUUGAGCUUUUCAGCCGGCAUGCAUUUAAGAAAUCUAGUCCAACAGAUGAUUUCAUGUCUCUAUCAGGGAAAGCAAUAAAUUUUUGUGAAGGACUACCAUUAGCUCUUGAAAUUAUUGGCUCUCUUUUGCUUAAUAGGACAAAAAAAGAGUGGAAUAAUGUGUUGAAGAAAUUGAGAGGGAUUCCCCGUGUGGUCAAAUACAAGAGAAGCUCAAGAUAA